AUGAUUCUCCAGCCACUUUUGGGCCCCCUGGCUCUUUUCUCCAUAGCUGUUGCUGCUUCCCCGUAUCCACUGUCCCGUCGUGGAACUAUUGCGUCAGAUGAAAUAGUUGGAUUUGAUCAAACUGUACCAUCUGGCACAACCGGAGAUGUCUAUCUUGCUUACCAACCGGAUUUGUAUGUUGUAAAUGGCUGUGUUCCGUUUCCAGCCGUGGAUGAGAAUGGCGAUACAAAUGCUGGGUUGGCUCCAACUGGGGACUCCGAUGGUGAUUGCAGUAGCAGCACCGGUCAGAUAUAUGUGCGAGGCAAGAGCUCAGGUGACUACUAUGCGUUGAUGUAUGCGUGGUAUUUUCCCAAGGAUGAGCCCUCUACUGGCUUGGGACAUCGUCAUGAUUGGGAGGGUGUCAUUAUCUGGCUGUCUGACUCGACUAGCACGACAGCAGACAAUAUUGUUGCUGUUUGUCCUUCUGCACAUGGCGGAUGGGAUUGCUCUACAGAUGAAUAUACUCUUGAUGGAACUGCGGCGUUGAUUAGAUAUUACAGCAUUUGGCCGGUGGAUCACCAAUGCGGACUGACAAGCACAGUUGGAGGCACACAGCCUUUGAUUGCAUGGGAGUCACUUCCAACAGUCGCACAAGAGGCUUUGGACACAACUGACUUUGGAUCCGCAAUUGUGCCAUUUAUCGAUGCUCAUUUUGAUACAAACCUGAGCAACGCUACUUUCUGA